GAGAGACGCAGUCGCUCCGUUUGACGCGUGAAUGUGCACAGUGACACCGACGCUGCUGACUGAAACUUCGAUUGAGCGAGGAGAGCGUGAACCCACUGCAGCUUCAACCUCAUACGCCAAAUCGUUUGUCAUUCGUUACAACCCAGCGCUGCCGACACGCGGCAUGAUCACCUCCUCGAACUGGUUCUGAUCUACUAUGAAUCCAUGAGUGAUCAGAAGUCAUCCAGGCGUCCUUUCCGACAUCUCACUCUGGCCAGGUAUCGACUUUUCAGUCACCGAUCCGCGUGCCUGAUGAAGACCUCAGCUCACAAGAUAUGCCAUCUCGCAUAGUCGGCCUUUCGAAAGCGCAGAAACCCACCAGGCUUCUGCGGACAAUCAAGGACAGGGACGAGGACCAUAUGACGGACUAUGUGGAAGACCGCAUGGGAAGGUUCCGUCGUCAGCUGCAAGCCUCGCGAACUCAAGCACCAUCCUCGUCAAAGUCUAAAGCAAAAGUGCUCGAUGAAGGCGUUUCUAAUGGGGGGACUGAACCCAUCCGCCCAAAGAAGAAGAUGGAUGCUCAAAAGCCUCGCCUAACUCUGCCUGACCUUUCGGACGAAGAAGACGCUGAACCGGAUCGGGGUCACAUUCACAAGACGGACUUUACCAGGCCAGGUCAGAAGUCCAAUGGCAAGGAACAGAGGCGGUCCAGGAUAAGCCCCCCUGGUCAAGAUCACACCGGCGCCAAAGGGGGCAAAGGCAAAGGGGUUCAGAAACGAUCAAAGGAGACAUCUCCGGCGCCUGAGCCACGAUCAAAGCGUGCAAGGCGAGACUCGCCGAAAAGUAACGCAGUAAAACGCAAUGUGUUUGGAGAAGAGGUCAUGGACCGGAUCAACGGUCAGAAGAAGGCGAUAAAAACCUAUGGGACGCAGAAAGCGAAAGCCCCUCCCUCAAGCCAGGAGAGAAAACUGACUGCUAUGGAACGAAAAUUUGGGCAGGCAGGGACCACAAAGCUCAGCAGUUCGCAAGGGAGUGUAUCGCUAUCACAGGCUUCGCAAGGCUCGGCCCGCAAAGGAAGUCCUCCUCUGGAAAACCCGAAAUUCCAGUCGUACGGCUUGGAUCUCUCCGACUCGGCAAAAGCCAAGUCAAAAACACACAGAGCUCCGAGUAUAGGUGGUGACUUUGAUUCGUCGCCUGUACAAGGCGAGGGCUUCAAGAAGGUUAAUGACAUUAUUCCCUCGUCUCCUAGCGAAGCGCCCCGAGUCACCACAUACAGCGACUUGGACGAUACGCCGAAAGCAAAGGGGAGAUUUACACUACCAGAACUCACGGCGUCCCCCACCGGGACAAACACAGCGAGAGAAGAUAGCCCGAUACCGAUAUCUCUCACCUCAAAAUCGACACCAAACCCUUCGCAAGAGGAGCCACGCUCAGCGAGCUCCCUGCCAGUAAGACCUGCGGCUAAGCCGACGGUUUGCCCGUGGUGCCAAGAGCCCGUGGACGCCCAGAUGCUGGCAUCCUUCUCCAAGGGGAAAGGAAAGCGACUCAACGUCAAUCAGCAAACCCGCUUCUGCCGCAAGCACCGGAGGGAAACAGCCCUGGAACAGUGGUCGGCCAAGGGAUAUCCUGAGAUCAAUUGGGACGAGCUGCCAGACCGCAUCGCAUCUUACAAUGAGCCUCUGCACGAAGUCAUCCUGGACGAUGAGCCGUCACACUACCGCAGGGUAUGGGCUGAGAAGAUUGCAAAGGGCGCCGAUCGCGUCAUGAAGAAGGAGGAGAACAUGAAUCCGGGCUACUACGGUCCCAGAGGGUUUAAUCUCUUCGGCGAUCAGUUAGUUCCUAUGUUCCAAAGUGUGCUGAGGGAGAGGGCACUCGUGGACAAGGUCAUCUCAGGACGAGGGGCUGUCGCGUUCAUCCAGUCAGUGCUGCUGCCAGAAUUGGCCGUCCGGCUGAUUAGCGAUGACAUGCUUGUCACGCUGGAAGAGGCACGACAGAUCAUGGAGGACAGCAAGCAGCUAGGGGAGCUGGUGCACGAGGAGUUGUGAAAAUGGUUGGGGAAAUACUGGCAUAACGACUAGAGCCAUUA